AUGAUAGUAGACCCUCCUAGAGGUGCCCCCCAAGAUGGGGCCCCCCUAGAAGGGGGCCCCCAAGAGGGGGGCCCCCUAAUAGGGAUCCCCCAAGAGGGGGGCCCCCUAGAAGGGGGCCCCCAAGAGGAGGGGGGCCCCCUAGUCCUAGGGGGCCCCCCUGAAGGGGGCCCCCCUGAGGGGGAGAGUUUCUUUGGGUUGAGCACAGCACUGCGAGCCGAUGGUCGCCUCAGCGCGACGGCGUUGCGCCCAACUAAAAUUAAAUUGGGGCCCCUGAAGGGCCCCCAUGGCAGCGCUCGCUGCACACAAGGCCUCACGGUGGCUCUGGCCUCAAUUGUGGGGCCCCUGGAAGCGAGGGGGGCCCCCCCAACUGAAGCGGGUAUAACAGUAUCUGUGAGGACCUUAGCGCAGCAGGCAACGGGGCCCCGUAUGGAUGCUGCAGCAGCAGCAGCACGUGCUGCUGCUGCUGCAGGAGAGAGUUUAGGGGCGCAGCGGGAGGCAGCAGCAGCAGCAUAUGCUGCUGCAGGAGAGACGGGGGGGCCCCAGGGGCCCUCUUUUCUUCUAAAGAAAUCUUUAGAUUGGGGUAGAUGCCUCGAAUACCGUCUGCAUGAGUUGCUGCAGUCAGCUGUAUAUACACCUCAGUUCCCCCGCUGCACAAUUCAGGUUGUUGUGCUGCUGCUGCAGGAUGACGGCAGCAGAGAUGCUUGCUGCUGCAACGCUGCAUUUGCUGCUGCACUUCAUGCAGGCCUCCCUCUGCGCUGGAGAUGUUGGGCCUUGUGCUACGCUUCUCCUGCUGCUCCUAGGGGGCCCCCUGGGGGGGCCCCUGGGGGGGCACACGAAGAUACGGUGUAUCUGGACCCUACGAACGAGGAAGAAGCAGCAGCAGCAAAAGUAGAGUGUGUUAUUACUGACCCCACCACUGGGUAUUUGUGCGGGGCUUUCUCUUGCAUGCGUUUAGAGGGCCCCAGUCGGGCCAGCGCUGGGGGCCCCCCGGAGGCCUUAGGGGCUCGGGGGGUUCAGGGGGCCCCCAAGGGGGCCCUAAGGGGCCUCGCAACUGCAGCAGCACGAGUGCUUGAUGAAGGGGUGAGAAAUGAAGUAGCGGAGCUCCUUAGGGUCUCUACUGCUUCCUGGGGGCCCCCCAAGCCUAGCAGCUGA